AUGCUGCCAUGUAGCUUAAGAUCGCUCAAUUUCUUUAAUUCUUCACCUGAUUUCCGCACCAUCUUUUCAUCAGCAUCGCCGUUCAUUAGGCUAGAGGAGCUGCUGAUCACCGAGUGCAAUGAACUCGAGACCCUUCCUGACGACAUUGGAGACUUGGUGCUGUGCCUUCGCAAGCUGACCAUUCAAGAUUGCUAUUCUCUCUUGCAUCUGCCUGAAACUUUUACUUCUCUGAGCCGGUUGGAAGAGCUCAUCGUCUCUAUCUGUGACAGCUUUGCAUUACCUGAUAGCCUUGGUCACAUGCCUGCCCUCAAGCUGCUGGUGCUGGACGCAAUGGAAAUUCUUGAUCUCCCUCCUUCCUUUAGCCAUCUCACAUCUCUUGAGGCUCUCUUUUUCAAUAAGUGCUACGACCUUUCGUUGCCUACAGGUUCCUUCUCUCUCAUGGCCCUCAAGGCGCUCUAUUUUUCAGACUCGCAGCAUCUUGCCUUGCCAGAGGACGUUGGGGUCCUGGCUAGUCUGAAAGCUCUCAGGUUGCAUGACUGCCAGCGCAUUCCCCUCCCGACUUCCUUCACCCAGUUGUCUUCCCUCACGAGCCUUGAGCUGACUGCAUGUGAUGGAGUCCAGCUUCCUGACGCCUUGGGAGAGUUGAUCGGCAUACAGGAGUUGAAGAUCAUCAAAAUUCCAACCAGCAAGCUUCCUAGCUCGCUCACACGCCUUACAAGACUUCAGACCUUGGAGGUCAGAUGCUGCAAGUUACUCUCGAAAGUACCCUCGAGGCUGAAGAGGCUGGAGCUCACAGAGUGUCGGCAGCUGAAUGGACCCACUACCGCCCUGCCCCCUUCUCUUGAGAGCCUCAGCUUGGGGCCUUUUAGGGAAGGCUCUUUCCACGUGGUGGACAUCUCCAAGCCAUCGCAGCUGAGGGUGCUGACGCUGACCUGCGUCAACGUGGAAUGCGGGCCUGUAGUGAGCUGGAGGCUGUCGUGUGAGGAGCAGCUGGAGCAACUGGGCCUGUAUUCUGAAGGAGAAGGUCGAGAGCUCCCACUUCCUUUGACUUUCCUCCCUCACUUACGCAACUUGAUGAGUGAGCAGCUGGAGAUGCUGAAGCGGCUGGAGAAACUCGAGCAGCAGAAGCACAUGGCGCAGCUGGAGCAGCUGGAGCAGCUGGAAAUGCACUUAGAAGGUAGCAAUCCGAAGCUACCAAUCCCAUUGACAUUUCUCCCUCGCCUGCGCAGCUUGCUGAUAAAGGCACCUGCAGUCCGCAGCCUCCCAGGAAACAUGGGAACGGCGUUGCCGCAGCUGGGGCAGCUGGAGCUGCUUUCUUGGUCACCGGAGGAGCUGCCAGAAAGCAUUUGGAGGCUCAGCUCGCUGACGUCACUCAAGCUUCACGCACCUCAGCUGGUGGCGCUACCUCAGGGCAUGAGCCGCUUGUCUCGGCUGCGCAAACUGGAGCUGAUUCUCUGCAGGGCCUUGCAGCACCUCCCGGAGUUUCUCACCCAGCUGCACCAGCUGGAGGCCAGCGCGGAGUGGACGAUAGGUGUCGCGACGACGACGUGGAGAUGGACGCGCCAAGCGUUAACGGCGAGGAAGAAGAGCUCGUCGAAUCCCCAGCUGAGCGGGGAGGCGGAAGGCGCGCUGGCGCCGACGGAGACGGAUCCCCAGCUGCGCGGGGAGGCGGAAGGCGCGCUGGCGCCGACGGAGACGGAUCCCCAGCUGCGCGGGGAGGCGGAAGGCGCGCUGGCGCCGACGGAGACGGAUCCCCAGCUGCGCGGGGAGGCGGAAGGCGCGCUGGCGCCGACGGAGACGGAUCCCCAGCUGCGCGGGGAGGCGGAAGGCGCGCUGGCGCCGACGGAGACGGAUCCCCAGCUGCGCGGGGAGGCGGAAGGCGCGCUGGCGCAGACGGAGACGGAUCCCCAGCUGCGCGGGGAGGCGGAAGGCGCGCUGGCGCCGACGGAGACGGAUCCCCAGCUGCGCGGGGAGGCGGAAGGCGCGCUGGCGCCGACGGAGACGGAUCCCCAGCUGUGCGGGGAGGCGGAAGGCGCGCUGGCGCCGACGGAGACGGAUCCCCAGCUGUGCGGGGAGGCGGAGCGCGUGAAGGAAGAAUGA